CCACCGAUAAAGCCAAUCGAUUAACCAUUUACAUGUUAAUACGCACAGUAUGUGAUCUCAUUGUCGUGAGAUAAAGUUCACAUAUAUUCCAAUAUCUUGUAUUUGAGUAAAAGUGUUAAUUAAAGGAUGGAGUACAACUUCAAUGGUCCGGGAGAGGAAAGAAACAAAGGGUUAAGGUUUGUGAAACACCAACCGAAAUAUGCGGCAUUCGCGACUCUGACAGCUCGGGAGAGCAGCUUUAAUGCAUGCACCCAGUUACACGUGUCCCAAAAGAUUCUAGCAGCAGCGGGCUUUUUCUUCGUUGGGACUGAUGACCAAUGCCGCUGUUUCCACUGCGGGAUAGGCCUCCCACAAUGGUCCCGUACGGACGACCCUUGGGUUGAGCAUGCGAAGUAUUCCCCCAAAUGUCAACAUGUCAUAUCCAACAUGGGCAUAGAGUUUAUCAACAAUGUAAAGCUCUCUUUUGAACUAACAUCAGAGGGUGAGUUACAAUUUCAUACAACCACAACAGCAACAACAGAAGAAACAACAACAGAAGAAACAACAACAACACCAACAACAGAAGAGACAACAACCACAGCAACAACAGAAGAAACAACAGAAGAAACAACAACAGCAACAACAGCAGCAGAAACAACAACACCAACUGAAACAGCAGAACAGAAUGCCACAUUAACAGAUGAGCAAGGCCAAGCGGUUUCAAAUAUUGAAGAGGAAAAUAGGCGCCUCAAUGAACUGCAGAUCUGCAAAGUCUGCCUUGAACUGACAGCCAGAAUAGUUUUCUUUCCAUGUCAGCAUACAGUUUGUUGUGAGGAAUGUGCGAUGCACUCUUCCAUGAUCAAUUGUCCUGUGUGUAGGACAGUGAUCAAAUAUCACAUGAAAAUAAGGUUUGCAGGAGAUUCAGUCAUAAGCGAACAUGAAGGUGCCUGAGAUAGAUAUGCAUUGCACCAGGCUAUGGUAGAUGAAAUUGGAGAUGUAGACGAUGUUGUUUUACAUCUUAGCGUCAGUGAAGAUGACAUUUUGUCUGACCCAGAUCUACCUUUUCUGACAAUUUAAAAAUUCAAAUCAACAUGUUUUGAUUAUGAUUUAAAAACAGCAAUAAGUACAUUAAAUAGCCCGGUACAAUGGAUAUCUACCUCAGUCACAUUCAUAAUUCAAAUUUGUUUGUAAACUGACGAAAAAAAGUAAUUACAAUCAAGCCAUACAAGGCUAUAAACUGACGAUAAAAAUGCCAUAACAGGCAAGCCAUACAAGGCUAUAAACUGACGAAAAGAAAAAAAGCCAUAACAGGCAAGCCAUACAAGGCUAUAAACUGACGGGAAAAAAUGCCGUAACAGGCAAGCCAUACAAGGCUUUAAACUGACGAAAAGAAAAGAAAAGCCAUAACAGGCAAGCCAUACAAGGCUAUAAACUGACAAAAACAAAUGCCGUAACAGGCAUGCCAUACAAGGCUAUAAACUGACGAAAAAAAAAUGCCAUAACAGGCAAGCCAUACAGGGCUUUAAACUGACGAAAAGAAAUAAAAAGCCGUAACAGGCAAGCCAUACAAGGCUAUAAACUGACAAAAAAAUGCCGUAACAGGCAAGCCAUACAAGGCUUUAAACUGCCAAAAAAAUCAUUACAAUCAAGCCAUACAAGGCUAUAAACUGACGAAAAAAAGCCAUUACAGGCAAGCCUUACAAGGCUAUAAACUGACGAAAAAAAGCCGUAACAGGCAAGCCAUACAAGGCUAUAAACUGACGAAAAAAAUGCCGUAACAGGCAAGCCAUACAAGGCUAUAAACUGACAAAAAAAAAGUCAUAACAAUCAAGCCAUACAAGGCUAUAAACUGACGAAAACAAAUGCCAUUACAGGCAAGCCAUACAAGGCUAUAAACUGACGAAAAGAAAAAAAAGCCAUAACAGGCAAGCCAUACAAGGCUAUAAACUGACGAAAAGAAAAAAAAAGCCAUACAAGGCUAUAAACUGACGAAAAAAAAAUGCCGUAACAGGCAAGCCAUACAAGGCUAUAAACUGACGAAAAAAAAAUGCCAUUACAGGCAAGCCAUACAAGGCUAUAAACUGACGAAAAGAAAAAAAAGCCAUAACAGGCAAGCCAUACAAGGCUAUAAACUGACGAAAAGAAAAAAAAAGCCAUACAAGGCUAUAAACUGACAAAAAAAUGCCGUAACAGGCAAGCCAUACAAGGCUAUAAACUGACAAAAAAAGCUAUAACAGGCAAGCCAUACAAGGCUAUAAACUGACGAAAAAAAGCCUUAACAGGCAAGCCAUACAAAUUGUGUACCUAUAUAAAUAUAUGUUUCAGUUAGUACUGUUAAUGUGUUCUUUGAUGCAUGUUUGGUGGGGCGAUCUACAACCCACCCUCAUGCUUGUUUUAUAUGAAUAAAUUUUAUGAAAAAGAAAAAAAAUGUGACAGAUGUUAUUGAUCCUUUUAGAAAAAUGUGUAUAUUGAUAUGCAGUAUAUAAUUAUAAAGUGCAUACUUUAUACAAGUAUUAUAAAUAUUUGUCAAUUUUGCACUUUAUAUAUAUUACUGAAUAUGAAUGUACUGUGUUUAACUAUGAUUCUCAAAAUACUUUGUUACAAGAAGGCAUCAUGCCCUGUUCAAUCCCUUCAAUCAUCAGACUGUACCCUCUAUUGUCAGUACGUGGGACUAAGUCACUAAGAUAUUGCACAAUACAGGGUUUGACCUAUAAACUAAAUGUGAGUUUUUCUUUGAAAGGAUAUUUUUACUUUCGCAUCUUUUUCGUCAAAAAAAAGGAAUGCAAACAAGAAACAAAACAUCACAAUGAAUCUGCUAAUCCAAAUACAUUAUGAGAAAUAAUAAAAAGUUCAAUUCGGAACACAACAAUAAAAUAUGCAUCGCAUUAAAAAGAAUGCUUAAAUCGGAAGAGGAAAAUCUAAUAAAAGAAAUCAACACUGUUGAAUCACAGAUUAAUAUAGCCAAUGCCAAUAUCGACAAAUAAACUCAAUCACUCACACAGAAAAACAAAAACAAAGACUUGACGAACUUCGUAGUGAUCAUAUGAAUAGUAAUAUUCUUAGGUCAAAUGCAAUACACGUGGAAAAUAAUAAAAAGAACACAAAAUAUUUUGCUAAUUUAGGGAGGAAACACUCUGAGAAAAAAAACAGUAUGUAAACGUAAAGUAUAUGAUAAGAUUGUAUCAGGAGAUAAAAACACUAAUUGUGGAUGGGAACGCGAUUUUGAUCAUUGUGGCGCUAACGUGAAUAACGAGAAAAAGCGAGAAUCAAAUCGCGCACUCUUUUCCCCUUGAUUUUUCAUGGUAUUUUCGAGCUUAAAACUUAGUUAUUUGUUGUCAACAUAAAAAAACACGUCAAUUUCAGCAAUAAACCCUCUGCAACACUAUUUAUUGACGUUUAGUUGAUCAUAACCUUUUAACGUGUGUUUAAUUUACCGAAAGAGUUGGUCAGCUGUUCGGCUUUUGGACUUUGGUAACUACGUUUGUAUGACGGUAAGGUGCAAACAUUUCUGGUCGAUGAUGUGAGGCGUUUUUGAAAUAAAAACAGUAUUAUUUUAUUUUUUUGAAACGAAAGAACAUUGAUCAGAAUAUGCUUGAUCAUGAAAUGGUUGUUUAUUACCGAUAUUUGUUAACAUUCUGACAAACAACGUAGUAACCGAGACACCGUUUCCCAGUUUAUCACGAGGAACAUCCGGUGUUAAACUUCAACGUUUCUUGGUUUAAAAUGUGGAAUUGCAAGUGGUGCUGAACCAUGUAGCCAAGAUGUGCACUACUCAUGGGAUUUUGCCCAGCAAGUCCACUAUCCACAUCAUGCCAACAAGUUGGGCCGAUAUAUUUCGCCACCCCACAGAAGUGUCAUGUGUUUCGCAUGUGUGCCUUAGGUUCAGCUAUGUUUUUAUGGAAAGUAGACAUUUUAUCUGGUGGACGAGGCCGAAUUGCCGGGGAAAGGAAGUGACAGUGUCGUGAGCCUGGCCCACCACUACUUUCAGCACUAUGGUGUCGGUGAAAAACAUGCUGAGGUUUAUUUCGAUAAUGCUGUCGGCCAAAACAAGAACAAUGCUGUGCUUUGGUAUGCCAUGUGACCUGUAAUGACAGGAUUGCAUGAGAGUGUAACACUAAACACUAUGUUGGCUGGGCACACCAAAUUUGCUCCUGACUGUCACUUCGGCAACUGGAAGGUCCAGUGGCGAUGUUGUAAUGCCGAGAAUCUUCAAGAAAUUGCCCACACUGUUUUCACCUCUUCAAAGUCCGGCCACAACAUCCCACACUUGGUUUAUGAACCUCAACAGCCAAUCACAGUUCACAGUUGGAAAUCAUUCCUAGAUACAUAUUUCAAAACUCUAAAGAAUAUUACCAAAUACCACCAUUUCUAUGUAUCAAAACAUAAACCAGGAGUUGUAGUAUGCAAAGAGUUUGUAGAUUCCUCAGAAAUUGAAGUUAUUCUUUUGAGGAUGAGUCCAGAAUGUGGUGUUUUGCCUGAAAUAAAGCACGCAACGUGCCUAGAUGCUGAACGUCAAUCGUACCUUCAAUAUUCUUUUGGUCCAUUCUUUAGAUCUGAGUCAUCAAGAUCUGCAGUAUGCCCUAAACCAACUCUGUGUAAAGUCGAAGUUUACUCAUUUGUUGGUGAAAUGUCGAUUGUAGAUCAAAUGUUUGUGGCAAAUAUGAAAGAAAUGAGUAAAAAAUGGCAUUAUCACAUGUAACCAUAGCAACAGGCUGUUGUUUUAUGUAGUUCUUUUAUGUCAUUUUGUACAUAUAAUGAGCAAUGUGUUCUCUUUGUGUCUAUGAAUUAGUUUAUGUGUUAGCUAUAACAGACAGUUAAGUUAGUAUUUCGGCAUGGACACUGCAUUUAAAAUAAGAACAUUUUUAGUGGACAUUGUUUUCAAACUGGCUUACCAAUGUGUAACAGAAUGAUCCAUAUCUUUUGAUUUCUUUGUACAAAAAUGACUAGAAACUUUAGUUUUUAUACCUAAGAUACUUGGUAUCAUUUACAUGCCAAUAACUUAAAAUGCAUUGUAUAUUGAGAACACAUUAUUUGUGGCAGACUUUGAAAAUGAUUGGAAAUAGCAUUUUCAUUAGUAACCAUAGCAACCGAUUUUUGCUUUGACCUUUGUGGCCAAUUUCUAUGUCAUUAUAGACAUUAGCAAUGUGUACUUGCUAUUUUAAUGUUGAAGUUUAUGUAACACUAGUAAAGAUAAGUGAUAUAUUUAAACAGGUAUCUUGACAUAUAUAUAAUAUUUAAAAUAAGAACAGUUUUGUUCACAUUGUUUUUUAUCCCUGUGUUUCAUAAUGUUUCAUAUGUUUUAUAACUUUUGUGAAAUUUAACGUGAAACUUUAGAGUUAAUUUCUGUAAAUACUUAGUAUCAUAAAGAUGUCAAUAACUUAUAAAUAAAAAAAAAUUAUGCGGACUUUCAAAAAUGAUUGGUAAUAGCAUUUUCAUAAGUAACCAUAGCAACUGAAUUUUGCUUUGACCUUUGUUGUAAGUUUCUUUAUCAUUAUGGACAUUAGCAAUGUAUACUUGUUAUUUUCCUUUUGUAGUGAAUGUGAUACUAGUAAAGAUAGUUUUAUAUUUUAAUAUUUUGACUUGUGUACUUCAUUCAAAAUAAGAACAGAUUUAGCGAACAUUUCGUUCAAAUUGUGUUAAAGCUCUCUGUUACGAAAUGUUCCAUAUCCAUUGUUGUUUUUUUAAUAUUUGACUGACUAGUUCAGAUUUUAUUUCUUCAAUUGCUUGGUAUCAUAAAAAUGUCAAUAACUUAAAACAUAACUUUAUGAAAAACAUUAUUUUUUGAGAAACAUUUAGAAAAUGAGUGAAAAUGGCAUUAUCAAUAGUUACCAUAGCAACCAAAUGCACUUAUGAACUUUUCGUUAACUUUUGUAAUCAAACUAUGAGUGCUUAUUGUUUCUAUGCUAAAACUUAUAUGUUACAUGUAAAUAGUCCUUGACAUGAUACUUAUCUGACAUGGAUAUUUCAUUCUAAAUAAACACAUUAGACCAUA